UCAGUGAAAGAAUUAAGGAAUUCGAUGGCGAAGCUAGUGGAUAUUUGGCGUGGUGAUAACCCGGCCGACUUGAAGAGGAGGCAAAUGCCAUUAGUCGUCGAUGAAAAUUUAACGAUGAUUAUGGACGUCAGUAAUUUGGGGGCAAUUUGCGAAAAUCCUCUUGUUCGUGGAAAACAACUAGACGAUUUUUCCAGAAAAUUUGACACCCUCACAAAUGAAGAGGUGAGAUCUUCCUUUCAAGUGACCUGCAAAGAUUUAUUGUCAAUUCUUGGACAAUCUGUUCCCUGUGUUGGAUGUAGAAGAAGUGUUGAAAAAUUGUUUUACGAUUUAAUACGUUCCGGUCAUCCUGUGUUAGAUCCUUUAUUAUUCACACCGGAAGGAUUGUUGACUGUUAAAGAAGAAGUUCUCCAAACUCCACAGUUGCUUUGCACAAUUUUACAUAAGCACAGCGCUCGAUUGAGUUCGAUAGUUGAGAAACAAACUCGUAGUAAAAAAUCUCACAGAUGUGCACUACAUUCUCUGGAAGUGCAAAGAAUGAGGCCACCUCCUAGUGCAUGGCGAGAAGUUUGGGAAUGCAUGAAACAACCUUGCCGACAGGAAAUCACCUUAAUUGAAAGCGACGUUUUGGAUGCGACGCUCGAAACUUACCUCAGAAAACACAGAUUUUGCUCAGAAUGCCGGACAAAAGUUUUAUUAGCCUCUUCUCUCUUGACAACGGAAUCGGAACCGGCAAAAGAAAAAGGAUAUGUGGCUUCCUUAUACGCUGGAAUAAAACGAUGUACUGCCGAAAAUCAUGUUCAUUUGCCAACAAAUACAGAGUAUAUUAAUGCAAUUAUUAGCCGAGCUCAACCUGAAGUUAUAGGAAGAGAACGGCACGCAAAGACACUAGAAAUGGCUCAAGAAGAAGUAGUUACCUGUUUAGGAAUUUGUGUCGCGGAUCGUUUGCAUAGAAUGCAUCGUCGUCUCAAAGAGGCGGAAAUGAUUUGUAAAGUUUUGGCUGCUGUUGCUGUCGAAGCUUUGUCCAGAAACUUCGAGAUGGCGGUAGAAGCUAAGCAGGGAGUAACGAAAUUAGAACUUCUCUAUGAAGAACUUACAAGAAAGGAGUUAGCAAAGCAACAGAGGCAGGAAAAGUUGAGGCUCAAGAGAAAGAUGAAGAAGGAGCGUCGUUACGAAGUCGAAACUGAAGAGAAGGAGAAUAAAUGUGAUCUUCAAGUACUCGAUCCAAAAAAUAAAGGACCGCCAACCUGUAAGUGUGUCGACUGUCUGAAAAAAGCAAGUCUCGAAACGACACCGCAAAGCCCCAAAAAGUCAGUAGUACCUAUUAAGAAAGCGCAAAAAGACACAACAAAAAAGAAAGACUCGUCGUCGAAGAAAAAGGAGAGUAAAGGAGAGGCUCAUCGAAAAGGCUCUUCGAAAGAGAUCUCCUCCUCCUCCUCCUCUUCUUCGUCUUCUUCUUCUUCCGAGCUGAUAAAGACGACAAAUUUCGAAUCUAAGGAAAUACCUUUGCUGGAAGCAAAUGGCGACGGAAAAGAGCGUAAAAAUUUGUUGUCCGCCCAAGGGCGGGAAAAUUCGGAAUGGAAUUUGCACGAGAAUACUGUGGCGGAUUUGACGAAUGUCUGGUUGGAUCGACCGAAUAAUAUGUGGACGGAAAUGAAGGAACACAUGAUUGCGAAAAUGACGGACCGAAAUUGCCGAUCGUCGAGUGAGCAUUCGUCCAGAGACCGGGGGUAUUCGUCCGAGCAUUAUGUGAGCAGUGGAUCUUUUCCCUGCACGCCAGAAGGCUCCGAUGUUGCCUGCAGCGAUGGAUUUUGCAAUCACGAGGAAAAUUGCAACAGGUCGCCGGACAAGCCAGGCUUAUUCAAUUCCAACACGCUUCGUAUUAAUAGAUGUGAGGGGCCAACUCUCAUGCAAAUGCUGGAGGAUUCAAAUUCUGAAGAUGAGGGAACGGAAAGUUACAUUCCGAUGGAGGAAGUAAUAGAAUUCCAAUCGAAAAAGAGCCAGAUACUCGAAAAAAGACAGGAACUUCGUGAGAGACUGAAAAGCAGUUUUGAAAUGAUGUGCCACCAUUUAAAUCCGUUCAUUCCUCACUGAUUUGUAUCAGGGAAUACAAUCAGGUUAGCUUUUAUGAAGAGAUAAAUUUUACCUUUCGUACCCAAUUCUGUUAUAGAUCUAGGAUCUUUACUUUUUUGCGACCAAUUGUUCUUUGUACACAGUCGAGCUGAAAGCACGACAUUAAUUAUUAAGGUUAUCAUCGUUGUAAUGAUAUAGUCACUUUAUUGAUCAUUGAAAAUUUAAUAUCAAAAUAAAUGUUGCAUUCCAAUGUAAAUUAAACUCCCUUUUUUCU